UUUAUUUUUCUCAACUGACAGUGACGGAUCUAUCGAAGUGAAUUGUGAUUGAUUUUGUAUUCUGGAAUUGUAAAUAAUCAGUGAUUUGUACACCACAACUUAUAUAUUAUCGUAAUUACUAGAAAAGUAUCAAAAUAAUGGCUACUCCUCAGCGAGAAACUAUACAAAAACAAAUCCAACAGGAUUGGGCGAACAGAGAGUACAUAGAAGUUAUAACAGGAAGCAUAAAAAAAAUAACAGAUUUCCUCAAUUCCUUUGACAUGUCCUGUAGAUCGCGCUUGGCCACGUUAAAUGAAAAGUUGACUUCAUUGGAAAGGAAAAUUGAUUACUUGGAGGCUUGCGUCACCAAAGGCGAAACCCUGACGUAGAUGCCAUCAAUCAUGAAUGAAUGAAGUUAUUUAUAAUUUAAUAUUGUUCUAUAGACAGAUAAGCAUUUACAUGUAUAAUAUACAAGUUUCCUUUGGAAUAAAUAGUUUAAUUUUAA